GGGCCCGGUCCCUCUAGCGUCCCCGCUCUAUGGUUUUGGGCCGUCAAGUCGUCUCCUCUCUAUGGUGCCAGCCCGCGUCGCCGGGAGGCUGCGGCAGAGCCCGCGGAGGUCAGGUCGUGCCUGGCAGGGACCCCGCGCCCAGCGCCGGCCAUGCGCGCCCGGAGCCCUGCGGGGGCAGCCGCACACCUAGGAGUUCUGCUGGAGGUCAGCGGAUGAAGCUGAAGAUUAAAUAGGAAGGCUUAUUUUAGCAGGGCUAAAGAAAUCUUGCUGUCCUUACAAUACCUUUGAGAAACUACUGAAGUUUUAGGAAAAUGACCUAAGAACCGUUUUGAUAGAGUUUAAGCUGUUCAGCAAGGGGCGCUCUAAUGGAUGACGAAGAAUUUCCUACAAAUGAUCAACUGAUAGACUUAAAGGACAGACUUCAUGCUGGUGACAGUGUGGGAAAUGUGGGAAUUCAUUUGGCUUCUUCAUCUGAUGAAAAUGAAAAUCAACUUGAUGGUGACAGGAGUGAGGUCCUGACCAGUGGUGACAGUGCAAUGGGAAUGCAUGAAAAGGUUGAGCAGGACAAUAUCAAUAAUAAUGAAAAUGUGGACAGUGGAGACUGUACGCCAAGCUGCAAAGAAGUUGAGACUGAGAAGAACUCUGAAAGUUUCCAUAUGGACAUUCAUAGAGAGGAAAAGCCUGUUCUAGAAAAAUGGACAGAUGGAAAAAGAAGUCCAACUUGCGAAAAAGACUCCAUUAGAAAAUCUACAGGAGUUCCUUCAGUGGACACAACAGCACUCAGGAAAGAGAAUGCUCUCCUUAAAGCUACAGACUCAGUUCAUGAUGAAGAUGCUGAUGAGACAAAUGUGAACUAUCAGCAAAAGCAACAAAAACAGACUUUGCAGUCCCUUUUUUCCAUGCUUCGAGAAGAGUUUGAGCAGAUGGACUCAAGGAUACUCCCUUUGUGUCUCCAUCAGAUAGCUGAGGCCUAUUUUCAGGAGGAGGAAUAUGAGAAGGCAAUGAAGUUCAUUCAGCUCGAACGACUAUAUCAUGAGCAGCUACUUGCAAAUCUUUCUUCCAUUCAGGAGCAGUGGGAAACAAAGUGGAAAACAGCUGUGCCCAGUACAGUUACGACUCUGAGGAAUUCAGCUAAAGGACUUAACAAUGAAGAGUUAGAAAAUCUUGCUAAACUUUGUACAUCACAUCAAGAGCCACUUGUAUCCAAACACAGGCUAGUAACUACAGAAAAGUCCUUGGGAGGCAAUCGUUUUGUACAAUUAAUGGGAUCAGAAGAUUUAAAAGAAAGAGGGGCUGCUGCUUGUGAUUCAGAUACUGAAACUCGGCCUGGCACUGGACCAAGAAAAGAAAACCAGCACAGAGAGAGACAGAUGAGUGAGAGCUCCCUGUGUGAUAGUAAAACUGAUAGGCUUACAGAAGCAGCAAGUUUUCAAGUAGCUGCAGGGAAGGACCACAUGGAGGAGCAGCACUGCAGUGCUGAAUCAACACUGGAGCCACACACCCAGUCUAUAGGGACAGUGGGCAGGCCUUGUUCUGACUGUUUAUCAUCUGGGGAUGCUGGUAAAGAUAACAGUUUGCAGCCGAGAGAGAGGCAGUUCUCUAAGGAUGUGGCUAAAAUAGAAGACGUGGCUAAGCAGCCUGGAGUGGAACUCUCUGGUGAGCCAAUGGUAGACACCUUAGUUUUAGCGGAUGCUGAUUAUAUCCCUUCUGAUUUGAUUUCUAAAGAUGAAAAUGUGCAAGCUGAAAGAAAUGUUCUCAGAUCAAAACACCGUGCAGGCUCUACUGAGACUGCCAGAAGCCAGCUAGGAAAUAGUGCAUUAAACCAGCAGCAGCAGAAGCCUGGUUUAGAUGAGGAUGGAAAAUCCCCACAGGACAGAACUGUAUCAAACAUUUGUGAAAACAUGUGUUAUGGAAGUAACAACACACCUGAACAUAUCAGUCCUGCACAUCCAAAAGUAUUCAAGGGACUGCAGGAGAUGGCAAGGCAGCAGGAGGAGGAGGUAAAUAAUGACGAACCGGAAGAUUUUUUUGGCAGAUUCUUAAAUGGUAGCAUAAAAGACACUGAAGAAUCCCUUGCAAAUUUAGAAAACCAAGAAGACUCUGAAACUCUCCCAGAUAUUCCACUGGAACAAGCAUCAUACAUUUCAACAGAAGCUUUAUUAUUAGAUGACAGCUUUUCUUCGCUCGAUGAACUUGCAAAAAGGAUAGAGAUUGCAGAGGUUGCCCCAGCAGAGGGACUGGUGUCCAUCCUAAAGAAGAGAGAUGACAGUGAAGGAAAGACACCUGCUCAAAUCCAGCAGAGAAAUCCAAAGAGAAGAGUGAGAUUCCAAGAAAUGGAAGACACCUUGGAUCAAGAUGAAGUUGGUGGCGGCUCCUGUGUUUUGCUGAUCCUGUUGUGCAUAGCAACUGUUUUCCUUAGUGUUGGAGGAACUGCACUGUACUGCACCUUUGGUGACAUGGAAUCCCCUGUAUGUACUGACUUUGCAGCCAACAUGGACUUUUACUAUACUCAGAUAUUGCAGGGUGUGGAGGAACUUAAACACUGGGUAGCCUUCACAUAGUUGAAAUGAGCAGGAACAACACACUGACAGCUUACCAAUGAUUAACAGAGAGGUUAAAAAAAAUUGUGAUUUCAAGUUUUCUGUAAUAUGUGCCAUCUUCAGGUGAGGUACAGCUGAUGACAUAAACCUAACCUUUAAAUACUAGUUGAGAAGAACUGUCUAAUCUAGUAAUCAGGUGGGUAGAAAUCAAGUGUGGAGCAGGAGAAUAAUAAGCAAGAUGUCAUUGCCUUCACCUUCUGAAACCAAGUGAAGAGCCAUUCAACAUCUUGGGAAAUGAAGAAGAUAGAAAACUGAUUAGCCUCUACACAGUCUCCCAUUGCCACACAUUCUAAGCAAUCUUUGCAAUCUUAAUGAAAAGACAAUUUUGAUUUACAGCUGUUUGCACAAAAGUGUUGCCUUCAGCUAUCAUGCAAUAAGUCUGUGUUUUAUGAAAAUGUUUCCUUAUUUUUCUUUUAAGUCUUAAUGUAUUUUUUUCAUUUUAAAUGUCCUGGUGAGCUGUUUAAUUAUGGGUGGAGUGAGUAGAAUGCAUUGGCAUUUGCAGUGCCCUCAUACUAUGUUAGCUAAAUGGAUUGGCCUUAUGUCUUUUAAGUGUGUGGCAGUUGUCAUGAGUGGGUUAAAUCUGAAGGCAGUUUUGCCAGAGUCUCUGGAAUUUUAUUCCCAAACUUGGGUGGACAGUGCUGGAAAUUUGUGGGAUUUUUUAAAAAGAAAAUUCACUCCCAGCACACAAUACUAAGUGUAGGAAAUUAUUCUUACUAAUAAUAGUAAAGCCGCUUCGGCCAAUGAAAGGGGCAUGGGACUAGGAGUCAGGAUACAUGGGUUCUCUUUCCAGCUUUACUACUCACUUGCAGUGACUUCUCUGCCUCAGUUUCCCCCUCUGUAAAAUGGAGAUAAUGAUCUUUGUCCUCUGUAAAAUGCUUUAAGAUCUACAGAUCGAGAAUGGUAUAGAACUGUCUGGUGUUAUUUAUAAAUGCAAAACGUGCAGAGGUUUUGUUCAACCUGGCAUAUAGCCAAGAUCAGCUGCAAAGUUCAGAACCAAACUUCUCCAGAUUUCCACCUCUGAGCUUUACUGAGUCAUUUUGAAUAAAAUUGACUCUAUUACACCAAGUCUUGUUCUCAGGGAAAAAUCCUCUCUAUCUCUGUGACAUUUUCUUUUUCCCUGAGAUCUUUCAACUCCCUCAUAUAUUCCUAUCAUUCUUUUUUCAUGGAGAUCUACUCUCCCUAGAUUUUUCUCUUCUUUUCCUAUCCAGAUCCAUGUUGAGGGGAAAAAACAAAUAACCAAAAAAUAUUUUGAGAAUAUAUAGAUAUUUUCGUUUUUAAAACUUGCAAUAUUAUUUAUAUGAGAGAUCCCUUCUUAUUAAUUCAUCACCCAAACCACAGUAUAUUAACAUGUGAGCUGAAAGUUUCCACUAAAACUAUCACCAGUGAAAUAGUUUAAAAUUGUGAUAUUUUAGUCCAUUAGGAUUCAUUUUGAACACAUGAUAGAAAUGAACAGAGCAGUUCAUACCUCUCCAUAUUAAUUUUUAGUCUCAUUCUGUCUGCCGACUUGGGAAGGCAGAAUUGUGAUAAUUUACAUUUAAAAAGGUAACUGCAAUGAGGGCUCGCAACAUAAUUUAAAAAAAAAAGAUCUUAAAUUUCCAUGUUUUAGAUGUUUCCAAUGUGUUCUAUGGAAGAGCCCCCAGUGUUGCACUGUAUCACAUGUAUCAGUCAGGAGAAAAUAUCUGAACUCAGGACCAAAUCCUUAGCUGCUUUUACACACCUUCAGAAGGGCCAAAAGAGGAUACUGUUCAGAGAUACAAGAGUCUUGGAGAACCCAUUCAGUAGGAUUCCACAGGUAAUAUUGUCAAAAAUAACUAAGUCUCAUUUUCAAAUGUGAUUUAGGCACUUGGGAUUUGAUCCUGUGCUCAUCAAAGUCAAUGGCAAAUUUCCCGUUGACUUCAAUGGAAAGGAGCAGGCUUUUGGAGCCUAGGUCUCACUAAAAGUCAAUGGGACAUAGGCUCCAAGUGCCUAAGUUGCUUUUGAAAACAGGACUUGGGCAUCUCAGACACUUGAUGCGUUAGAAAAUUUUACUCUAAAUGACAUUAUGCAAUACAGAGGUCACCACAACAGAGGUGGCUGAAAUCCUGGCUCCACUUAAGUCAAUGGCAGGAUUUCACCCUUGGUACUAACUCCCCAUGGAAUGGGGAUAUGUACGAGGCAUCGUCUGAGGACCUGUGUUGUUAUAACAUGGCAUAAGUGGAGAGCAGCCAUCUGUAGCUGCUUAUGCUAUCUUUAUUUGACAGUAACUGGAAGUGACCCAGCUGCGCAGGUGCCCCAGGUCACAUGGGUUGCAGUCACAGAUGAGGAUUCCCUCAUAGUUCCUUCACGCAAAGCAGUUUUUACUCUGGCUUUGCUCCCAGGACUGAGGUGUGAGUCAUUAGAUAUACCUUGUUGUUUUUCAAUCUGUGCAGAAACAAAUUUACUUUUAAAUUGUAAUAAUGCAUUAUUUUAAAUGAACUGCCAUUUUUAGCUGGUGCAUGGUGCUUCGUCUAUAUAGGGGAGAGAGACACUGACAAGAUAGCAAAAGGCAAAGUUGGUCCCUAGGCCCUUUGCCCUCGCCGUGGCCAGAAUAUGGCAGCUGCUUCUGCUAAUGGCAUAAUGGACUAGCCAGUGGAGGAGCCCUGAGGUGAGUGUUAGUAUGAAAUGAUUCCUCUUCCUUCUCAGGAUACAGUAUGCUUGGGGGCUCCAAUUCACUCCACCCAAUAUUUUAAAUGCUUACUAGAGUUGUAUGAUGGAGUAUGUCCAGGUUUAGGCAUUUACUGUAUAAAGUAACAUGAAGUGAAAUCAUCAAGCUAUCACUCAGAAUUAGAACGUGAUCAUGCUUGCUUGCAUUUGCAGGUGGAUUGUCCCUCUAGUAAGUUUGACUAUUCCUAAUGUACUCUCAUGCUUAAGUGUUCUGUUUUUAAGUGAAAGUUGAAAUCACUAUUUUCCAGAAAAAAAUUGCAUGUGUGGUUUUUGUUUUUAAGUACCCCAUCUAUGAGGCUCGGUUGACUUACACCUUAGGAAGCCUCAUUUACACCUUUAUAUUAUAACUAGCAAUUUAAAAUGUCUAGAUUAAUGCAAAACUUUUGCUUUCUAAAUGAAAUAUGAGAACAAUAAUUUCUUUUUUUUCCCAAGAAGGGCCUUCUGUUUUACGGUAUUGUAAUGCUGGGUUAAUCUAAAAAGAGAAAUGAACAGUCACUUUUAUAUCCUAAAAUGUUACUGGCUGGAUCAGUACAUCACUUUAUGUCUGAGUUUAUUUAUUUAAUUCCCGUUGAUUUUAAAGAAAUUCUCUUAUUUUCCUGGGUUGUUUUUUUUUUUUGUUUUUUUUGUUUUGUUUUGUUUUUUGUAAGCUGCUGAUGGAGUGUUGAUAAGCAUGCACUCAGUUGUUACAGCAUUUAUAAUUACUGUGCCGUUAGCGUGUUUUUGAGUUUGUGUAUCUUUGCAUUCACUGUUAAGCAUAUUAAGUUUAUGUUUAAAGCACCAACUGUUCAUUUCAACUCUUAAAAAAAAACACCAAUAACCUGGUUUAAAUAUCUGUGCACCCAGCCACCAAAAACUUCAAGAGUUAGAGAUAAAAAUAUUUAUUUAAAAGUAUAUCAGAUACAGAGAUCAAAGAUCCUUAUACUUUAGGUUCAUAUUAUUACAAAACUAUUUUAAAGCUGUUCUAUUGUAAAUUUUAAAGAGCUAAAAGACAAGGUAAUUUUAAAAAGCAGCUCACUUUGCACUUGCUGGCUCAGACCCUGCACUGUGCCUGGAUGCUUUGUGCUGCAUUGCGAGUGCAAAGCCACUCCAGAGUUGGCAUAACUGGCCACAAGAGGAUCCCCAAGGAUAGGAUGAUCCUUUAGUGGCAUAGAGACAGUGUAACUUCCUCUACGCUGCCCCUCUCUCUGCCCUGUUAUUUAUGCAAAGAGUGUGGCUGGAAACUAUGACCAGACAGACCAGACAGUUUUCCAGCUGCUCCAAUUUAUGCCAAGGUACCAGACCAGCACAGAAGCAGCCUGGGAUUGGAAGGAGUGCAAAGGUCACCUUUGCACACACUGCCCUCAGCUGUAGCCCAGCAUCUGAGCCUGGACUGAACCUUAUUCAGAUUCCUUUGUAAAAUGCAGAUGGUACUAAUUCUUGUUCUACAUGACAAUUCUAUUAGCAGAAAUAGCUCACAUGGUUUAUGGUGCAUUAUCAAAUGCUUGGUUAAGAACAUAGCAAAAGUACCUAUACUUGGAGGUCAAAACAGUUUGUGGGUAAGGCCAGCUGGGUGGCCUUCCUGCACAUUCUAUUCUAUUUAGAUUGUUACACACCAUCCAUCUCUGUCGGAAUGGUUAGGACCCUGCAGUCUGGUAAAUCCAAACUAAAGGGAAACGUCAAUUCAGGAAAUUACUCUUCUGUCUGAAGAUUUUGUAGCUAGUAACAAGCAAUGACUGAGAUUACUGUAACAGAAAGAAAUGAGGGGGGGGAAGUAUUUGUAUACUUUGUGCAUAUGAUAGCCAAUUUCUGUUAGUCCUCCCCUCUGUUGUUUGUAGGCAUGUUCUACAUAGAAGCAGGGAAGAGACAAAAUAGGACUAUGCAAUGGUAAAUCCAUAACAACUGGCAGGGGGAUUCAGUGGCUGGUGUAGUAUUUAAAACUACUUGAAACUCUUUUCUUAAAAUAUGACUAGAUUUCAACUUGACAGUGUCCCUAUAAGGAAAAAUUGUGUGAUCAUUCCUCUGAAGGCAUAUUUUCAGCUGCCUCCCCAUUCCACCUUUCUCAGUAAGUGUGUCUGAAAUCUUGCAGAUACCUUCGUUCUGUUGCUUUGGUGCCUGGAAGAAGGAUGUGUAAUCUUGACAGCCAACACUGGGAAAGAGAAGGCCACUACAAAAUAGAGGAAAAUUGUUAGUGAAGCUCUGAGGAAUGGAGGACAGGCUUGAAAUUUCAACAAGUCAAAUGAGGUUGAAAUUUGGAUUUCUUACAAGACCAGGGAACAUUCCACUCAAUGUCUAAAAGGGCUGCUACCCUCAUGAAAACAUUGUUGCCUAAUUCUGUCAACCAAGACUAUUUGAAGGCACUAGCUACAAUCUAUAACAAAUCUAACACGAGCCUCCUUUGGCAAAGGAAGGCAAUAACUGUAUUUGAGAUCAUCAGCCAAGCUUGUAAAUUAAAUACUGUAGCAAAAAAAUAAAAAAUAAAAAUAAGAAGUGUCCCAGAGAAAACGUCUAAUCCUUUUUGGAUGUUGUGAUUUGUAAAGAUAUAGAGAGAGGGAUUGGCUAUGGAAUGAAAAGAAAUAGGAAAUAUUUCCACUGAGAGUUUCAGGAACUAUCCUAAACCAGGCCUGUGGAUUAAGAGUUGUUUGUUGUUUUUUGAGGAUUUUUUAUUAAUCCAAGAACGCUUGUUUUGUAGGUUUCAGAGUGGUAGCCAUGUUAGUCUGUAUCAACAAAGACAACCAGAAGUCCGUGUGGCACCUUAGA